UUCAGUAUAUAUUACAUCUGCGAAAAGUAUGUAUGUAGUUGCAAAUAUAAACGUUAACACUUAUUUUUUUGAAAAAUGUUUCUGAUUAAAAGCAUUGCAAGGAUGCGAAAGUUUUCAACAACCGAAACAUGUUUAAAGGCAAUUCAAGGCUAUUUGUAAAUUAAAACAAAAUGUUUUUUUGUUAUAGUUCAUUGUGGCAUUCCUUUGGGGCUUUAUUUUUGAAUUACAAUUUGAAUAGCUAAGCAAUUGAUAGAUUCAAGUCCGAUUUGAUCUACGAAUGAGUUAGAAUAAUCUAUGGUGAGAAAAUAGAACCAUAGAUUGUGUGAGAACAUGAGAAAAAGAAGAAUGGUAGGUAAAUAAAUAAAGCAAUACAAAGUGUAUUAAUUCGUUAUAAAGCUAAUUUUGUAUUAAAUAAGAAUGGUGCAAGAUUCAUCGAGGAAAGCAAAAACAUCAAAACUGGAUACUGACCCAGAUGCAAUUUAUAGGAUUAUUAACUUGCACUACUAUAUUUUUAUAUUACUAAUAGUGGGUAUACCAGUUUGGUGGAUGACAACUCGCGUAUAUAGGGCUGAUCUUCCACUCAAAGAAAUGAAUAGUAUUAUUUUACCUAAAACAUCUGAUAAACCAUUUGGUAUUUUAUUAAGUUUAGAGUAUGACAUUUUAAUAACAAUAGUGAACCCAUUGCCUCAAGAUUUGAAUGUUAAAAUUGAUGGUGAAUUACUAGAAUUGAAUUUGAGACCAUUUCUUAAUAAACUCUCACCUGUGGCCGAUUUUGUGGUAAAAUCCCAAUGGACAUACUUGACAGAUUUAGGCAUAAAGCCACAAAAAAAAGGUGACGAAUAUGUAGUUAAUGAAAGUCAAUUAUAUCAUAUAGUAACUCCUUUAGAAAAAGAAUCUUGGUCAUUUAUUUCAAACAGAACGUGUAUUAAUUUGAUGUUGUACAUUGCCCCCUGCAGUGCUCCUAUGUAUUUAUAUGAUAACUCAAAGAAUAGGCUGGAAACUAAUGCUUUUGUGAGUCCAAGGUGGGGUGGUGUUUACUUUUUAAAUCCAGAUUCAAAAUCAUGCCAGAAACAUGUAUAUGAACCUGAUUAUGAAUCAAUUAUUAGAACAUUUGUAAAUCAGUUAAUGCAUUUGUAUCAUCUUGAUGGGUUUUCUGAAAGUGCAAUGAACAAAUUUAAGUUCAACAAGGCCAAAGAAAUGUUAGAUGCUACAAAACAUACUCUCAAGUCUUUAGCUCAAUUAUUAUAUGAAAUAAAUAGUAUAGUUAUAAGAGAUGAUGUUGCUGAGAAAGUGAUAAUUGCUCUGGGAAAUAUGACUAAAGCUGAAAAGUAUUUGGAAGAAGACAACAUCAGUGAAGGUUUAAAACAUGCAAAAGUUGCUUUUAAGAAUUCGGAAUCUGCAUUUGCAGAUCCGUCCCUCUUGGCUCUUCUAUACUUCCCUGAUGAUCAAAAGUAUGCUAUUUAUAUUCCAUUAUUUCUACCUAUAAUGAUUCCAGUGUUUAUGUCUCUUACACAUCUAAGAAAAUGGUACAAAGAACACAUCCAUUUUUAAAUAAAUUUCAACUUUGUUUAGAUAAAUAUUUUACAGUAAUUUCAACAGUACAAAGUUCAUAGGAUGUCCAGUUAUUUUCAACAGUUUGUAUAAAAUGUUCUUUUCAUUUUUAAAAAAGUUCGCAUUUAACGAAUUUAUUUAAUUGAUAUAUUUAAAAUAUUGUGC